AUGAAGAUGCUCAAGAGAAUGCUAGAGGAAAGGAAAUCACAACCAAGAAAAGAACAAAGUGACUUCUUUGAUUAUGUAUUAGAAGAACUUCAAAGUAAAGACACAAUUCUCACUGAGGCAAUAGCUUUGGAUUUGAUGUUUGUGUUGCUAUUUGCUAGCUUUGAGACAACCUCUUUGGCUAUAACUUUGGCUAUUAAAUUUCUUCAUGAACAUCCAAAGGCUUUGAAAGAAUUAACAGAGGAACAUGAGGCAAUAAUUAGAAGAAGGGAAAAUGCAUCUUAUGGACUUACAUGGAAAGAGUAUAAAUCAAUGAAGUUCACAUUUCAGUUUAUCAAUGAAACAGUCAGAUUGGCAAAUAUUGCUCCUUUGAUUUUCAGGAAAGCACUUAAAGACAUCAACUUCAAAGGAUAUACCAUUCCAGCUGGUUGGGCAGUUAUGGUGUGUCCUCCAGCUGUCCACUUAAAUCCUGUCAAAUAUGAAGAUCCACUUCAGUUCAAUCCAUGGAGAUGGGAGGGAAUAGAACUAAAUGGAGCAUCUAGGAAUUUUAUGGCAUUUGGAGGUGGCAUGAGAUUUUGUAUUGGAGCAGACUUUGCUAAGGUGCAAAUGGCUGUCUUUCUCCAUUGCUUUGUGACCAAGUACAAGUAA